AUGAAUCUUAGAGAGUUUUUGUCUAACGAUGACGUAUUCAAUAACAUCAAUGAUAGAAAAGACCUCUCAGAGGCAGCCUGUCCGAAGGUGUUCGGAAUACCUUGCAACUCCAUCAGUGACGAGAUAAUAUUAAAGGGUACAAUGACCGUAACCAAGAUCAUCACGAAACGAACAGUGUCAAAACAGUUGACAUCAGUAUUCGAUCAACUCGGACUAGCGGUCCCUGUACUACUACCAGCCAAAAUGUUUUGCAAAUUCUAUUGA